AGAGGGUAUCUCGUAUAGGUUGGCAUAUAUGUACAAUAUGUCUCUGAGCGGGGAGAUGCAGACAGAUACCAUUAUCGGCACCGCUUCGACGUAUGCCCAGUGCUAGGUAUUCCACCCAAACUCUUUGUCAUUCGACAAUUGGGGUAGCAUCGGGAGGUAUCUGAGAGGCCACGCCGGCGGCAAGUUAUACUACACUGCCCUGCUGUAUUGCGUCGACGACGGAGGCUCGGAGCGAAGGAUUCGAUAUCAUCCCCAUCUCUAGUUUAUACGGACUGGACGGCUGCGGUCUUUUUGGCUUCCCGGAUUUUGAGGUGAGCUUUAUAAGUGCUGCACACUACUGCGCUAAGCUUAAAGGUUUCAUUCUUUAUCACAACGUUACUGGCAUCAUCUAUCUUCCAAGACUGCGAGUUGACGUUUAGAGAGAGAAAAAAAAAGCUUGUCAUUCUAGCCAAAGCCAUGGCACCACUUCACCUGGGCAGCCCUGUCAACUUGGCAGCAAUUGGCUUUUCACUUCUUGUUGUAUAUCUGGCUUGUCAGGCCGUUUACAACUAUUUCUUUCAUCCGUUGAGCAAGUAUCCGGGACCUUUCCUCCAUCACAUUUCCUAUCUUCCUCGUGCUCAUAAGUUGAUGCAAGGCCGGCUGGCCUUCUAUGUUGCCGACCUCCACAAGGAUUAUGGUCCAGUUGUUCGUCUCUCCCCGAAUGAGGUCGCAUUCAGUAGCCCUCAGGCUUGGCGUGACAUCUACGGUCACAAGAAAGUCGGCGAGCCAGAAUUUCCCAAGUCAGACCUUUUCUACAAGGUCUUUACGUUCUUACCACUGGCUAUCAUCAAUGCAGGCCGUGAUGAACAUGCGCUGUUGCGACGUCAGCUUUCCCACGGCUUUAGCGACCGAUCAAUGAAGGAACAGGAACCCAUAAUUGGCGGCUAUGUCGACUUACUUGUUCAGCGCAUUCGUGAAAAUCUUGAGAAAGCACCUAAUCAGCCUGUGAACAUGCUUCAAUGGCUGAACUGGACGGCCUUUGACAUUAUUGGAGACCUCGGAUUCGGCGCCGCUGGAGGCUUCGGCUGCUUGGAGGGAAGUAGUUACCAUCCUUGGGUCAAGAUCAUCACGGAUAGCAUGCGACAGAGCGCUUUCAUGCAAGCGCUGUCAAGUGUUGGGCUGCGGGACGCUGUACAAUGGGCAGCCAAGCGAGCCAGCGCUGCUGGACAGAAGCAUCGUGCCAUCAUCCGAGAGAAAGUUGAACAACGACUGACGCUAGGCGCCCCACGUCCCGAUUUCCUCGAAGGGCUAAUCCGCAAAAAAGAGGAACUUGGGCUUGACCUGGGCCGUCUGCAAAUGAAUGCAUCGCUCAUCAUUAUAGCUGGGUCCGAUACGACGUCUACUCUGCUAUGCGGUACUCUUUUCUUCAUCACGACAAAUCCCGAGGUUUUGAAAAAGCUGGUGCACGAGGUGCGCACGACAUUUAAGAGCGACGACGAGAUUACCUUGACAAGCGUCAAUCAACUGACUUACAUGCUUGCUGUGCUAAACGAGGCUCUUCGCGAAUAUCCUCCGGUGACAAUCGGACUUCCAAGAGUAGCGCCCCGGGGAGGUGGUGUGGUCGAUGGCAACGCAGUGCCGGAGGGUACUAUCGUCUCAGUGUUCCAGUGGGCCAUUAACCACGACAAGCGCUUCUGGACGGACCCAUUCAAGUUCGCCCCAGAACGCUUCCUUGGCGACGAACGAUACAAGAAUGACCAAUUGGAUGCCAUGCAGCCGUUUGGUGUCGGGCCGAGAAAUUGCAUUGGCCAGAACCUUGCAUACGCUGAGAUGCGACUAGUCUUAGCUAAGCUGGUCUACAAUUUCGACAUGAGACUUGCUGAUGAGGCGCGUGGCUGGCUAGAUGGCCAGAUGGCGUACACCUCAUGGGUCAAGAGGGAUCUGCCGAUAUACAUGACACUGGCUGCGGGACAGUAAUCUUAAGAAGCCACCUUCAAAUACUCGCCGGUAGGACAAAGCCCAGAUAGCGCAAAGCCCAGUGAGGCGUCCGGGUGAGACAUACGGGGAGAGACAAAUGUCGUGGAACAGAGUGUCACGUGGGGAUGUCGACGUGAGGCGGCUAUUAGCUGUACUCAGUCAAAUCUAGUAGGCCAUCAUUGUAAAGUUAGAUAACCAACUUUCGGAAACAAUAGUGCCUUGAUCUCAACUAUCUUUGCCACGCGUAAAUCAACAAUUUGAGAGUCAAAGUUAUCACGUGGAGCAGCCCUUAGGUAGUAGUUGGCACGUAUGCAAUGCGCCGAUAUCAACAGGCGCAGGCAUCCUACCGUACUUGAGGCACUCCUGCAACUACGCCCAUCAUUGCAUACUUCGUAAGCACCUAGGAUGAUCAAUAGACAGC